AUGCCUGAAAAUCCCUUCAUAUACGGGAUGUCUAAACAGUUUGUGAACGCAUUGCACGAGUUGUUUGAUAUAAUGGACAGCACGGGAUCGGGUUGUGUCCGAUUCGCUGAGAUAGCGGCCCAAUGGGAAGAGGACGACUCGGACCCCUUCUUCCCAAAGGGUCUCAUCAAUUGCUUAUCCAAAGUGACACUUCCUAAUGGUUUGCUCACAUUUGAUCGCUUCUGUGCCGGCAUUAAGUUAUGUCUACUUAAAAAUCAAGUCGAUAUCAGCGGCAAUAGUGAUGACAACAAUAAUGGUAUCGCUUCCCUAUCAGCGCCUUCACCUGCCUUUCCCGCACCUCCGCCUCCACUGAUGCCCAGCCCCGGGUCUCAGGAACCGGUGCCAACACUACCACCACUACCUCCACUGCCACCCCCUGUACCCCCUCAUCAAACAUCUCCAGCGAUGAUUGCGAAACCAAUACCUCAGUCAGCGUACAAUUCGUUACACAAAAUAAAGACAUCUGUUCCCAAUCCUAUACCAGAAGGUUUAUACCAGAAAAAGCCAACGGCUUCCGUAUCACCUGUUCCGCCACAAUCACUGCAUUCAUUACAAUCACUGCAAACACUACAUAAAAGUGGUCCGCAUAGCGAUUAUAACAGUUCCGACAGCUCUUCCACACAAAACUAUCAAAGAGCUAAAAGUAUGCCUCAAUUGAUGAUCAAAACCAAUGGAAAUACUAAUAAUCACAACAACCAAGAGAUCCGUCACUUCAAGAGCGACGCGAAACUCAUUUCACGCGAGAGUAGCGCUCAAAACAAUGGGAAGACUCGUCAGAUUCGGUCUCCCAUACAAUCGGUGAAAGCGUUGUCCAAAAAUUGUAUUAUGAAAACACUUCAGAACUGGAAGGAGAAUGUGUUGGGAAAACAGGCCCUCGAGUUGGAAAAACUUAGCGCCAACUCUGGGAGCAGAGAGAAUAUUCUGGCCCCUAAUGGAGACACUAAUCGCAAUAAAUAUCAGCAACAAUUGGUCCCAUUCCUGCCUCCGCCCCAUAAUAUGGCACCCAAUGGACCUGCGAUGAGACGGGCGGCCAAUAAACGCCGAGAGCCGCGACGGCAUACCGUCGGCUCCAAUGGCAUUGACUUUUACUCGAUAAGAAGAAUACAACAAUUAGAACAGGAAAGAAGUUUAUUCAUGCAGGGCUUGGAUGGCAUCGAUAGGGCCCGCGACUGGUAUUUAAGACAAAUAGCGAUCAUUCAGGACAAGAUCAGUUACGUGACUAAAGUGGGCACAUAUCCGGCCGAUUACACACUCGACGCCUAUCAGGAGCGGAUCAACUUCCAGGCGGCGAGAAUUUACAAUGUAAACCAACACCUGUCGGCACUCUAUGACAGCGAACGUGGUUUUCCCAUACAUAUGAAUCUGGCUAUCCGUCCCAUUAGUGCACAGCUCACUAUUAGACCCAAUGAUCCCAAUAGACCGCAGUUUGUGGUCAAUCCUAAUGUUAUGAAUCGCUUGAAAGAGCAGAACCGACUGUUGACCGAAGAAGUGAGCAAAAAGUGCGACCGAAUAACACAAUUAGAGAGGGAAAAGUCGGCACUGAUUCGGGAAUUGUUUCAAUCCCGCACUCAGACCAUCACUAAAGUUAAGACCGACACCACAGCAGAGGACACGACUUUCAUGUAA